CAUCAGUAAGUAGCCAGUGAUACCUAGCUACCUUAGAAUAGUGUAAGUUACAACGGCGAACAGCAACAGCAGCUCAUGCGACAGCGAUACAACGGCUACAAAAGAACAUGGUACGUAUCCUGUUCGUAGCAACACAUCUGGUGAGAGUGGCGGGGUUUAAAACGCUGUUUGCCCAAUCCCGGGAGAGAACGGUUCGCCCAUUUCGUUCUCAAGCAGGAGGGGGGGGAGUGUCUCUUGAGAAGCCUGUCCUUGGAUUCUUGGAGUCCUUUGGGUUGGGGAGGAGGAGGGGGGUGGUAAGGGGGGUGUCAGGAUGUCUAGGUGUAGCUCCCAGCUUCCCACACCAAGUGACUUGGCGGGAGUGAGGGAUGAGAUGUGAUGGAACUGCGGCGGCAGCGGCAGCAGCAGCAGUAGCAGGAGCAAUCACGGCAUGUAGCGUGCGUUAGAUGAGCGGGC